CGUGGAGCUCUGUCGCCCCCUAGCGGAUGGAGGCUGCACUGGCUUGAAUGGAACAUAACUGAACACAGCUGAUAUCUAACACAAGCUGUGGGAAUAAACGCCAACCUCACCGUUAUAUUAGCUGUCGAAACUCUGCCUUUCCCGGGAGAACAUUUUACUUUUCAAGUCGUUUGUGUCCCUGGAAAUCGCAGCCCUGCAUUCCAAAAAGGAAGACGAGUAUUUCACCAUGAGCUCAGACGAUGGUGACAUGGAGAACCAGGCUGAGCUGGAGGAGAAGACGAGGCUCAUCAACCAGGUGUUGGAGCUUCAGCACACUUUAGAAGACCUGUCUGCCAGAGUGGACGCCGUCAAAGAGGAGAACCUGAAGCUGAAAUCGGAGAACCAGGUUCUGGGUCAAUACAUCGAGAACCUCAUGUCGGCCUCCAGUGUCUUCCAGACCACCGACACCAAGAGCAAAAGAAAGUAAGGAGAACAUGGAGAGUCUGACCCAACCACCCCCCCCUCCUCACAUACACACACUCAUACAGACACAUAGGCAUUCCAAAACCUGAACCCAAACCACUCUGAGCAACAGCAUCAUGUACCCUUAGUUGCCGCCUAACAACUCAAUUUACACCUGAAAUUAAGAUGCAUUGUGGGUGAUCUGAACACAGGUGGACUGCUGGUGUUACACCUGGAAUUAGUUUCCUCUUGUGAUGGAUGCCAUUUCCCCUCUACUCAUGCACAUAAAGUAUCUUUAGAGAGUAAUUCGUCAUUUUAAACACGUACACAUCAACUAAUCAAAGAACGGGGAUGCAGAAGGAAGACAGUUAUGUGAUUUAUCAGACUGAACAGACAGGGCAGCUGCAAAAAGACAGGAGAUGUCGGGAGCAUUGCACCUCGCAGCAUUUAGCAAGUUACAGUGGCAAGACAAACUUCCUUUAAUGGGCAGAAACCUCCAGCAGGACCAGACUCAUGUUAGACAGACAUCUGCUGAGACCGAGUUGGGGUUGGAAAGAGAGAUAGAGGAGAGUAAAAGAGAGAGAAAGCGAUGAUAGCAAUGAGAUAGUAGUAGUAGUAGCUGUUGCCGCUGGAGUUCGCCGCGUGAUGUGUAAUAAAACAUCAGGUUGGAAUGAAUCUCAGUAUGAGGACGCACCCGAAGGCAGCCCUUUAGGGGGAACAACCAUUCAUAAAAUGACCUAAAUGAAAAACAGGGAACACUUUUUAAGACUCAAAACCACAAGAGACAGAAACACAGUUCAAUAAAGCGCGAUUAAAGAAUAAAUCAACAAAACACAAAAACACCAAGAUCCUUCUGAUUUCAUGACUGGGACUUCAGUAGUGUUUCAGAGAGGAGUAAGACAUGCCAUUAAAUUCAAAUCUUCCUCUGAGCUUUAGUUUAGCACUUCUCCAAAGUGAUCUGAUUUGUCAGCUCUCAACACGUCUAUGAUGCAUCCACACAAUUUUUUUUAACUUGCCCACAUAUGGUUGGAUGUUAACUUCAGGUGUAAACAGGACCUAAGCUCCACAUGUCUUUCUGCAAACAAAUGGGGAAAUUGUUAUUGAUUAAUUUGUCCACUAGGCGGCAGUGUUGUAUUUAUUACAACUGGAAAGAAAGAAGCAAAAGUCUGAACGUGAAGUGAAGACCAACUUAUUUUCUACUUUACAGCAGAAAUGCACCAACAGGUUUCCACAUGAUGACGUUUAGGAGAAGAACAUGGAUCGGCAUAAGUGCUUCUUUAUGCGAGGAUAAAACGUUUUAAAAGUAUGUUUUGAUUUAAGAUCCGCUGCAGCUCAGACCUACAUCUAUUGACAUCUCUCAAUCCAGAAUCCUGGAGUUAAAUAAUUCACCAGUUCAAAACAUUCAGCACUGAGGUCAGCACGCAUUUCUGUUUCUGCUACUUGUUGUGAUUAGUGGUCAAAAUGAUGUUUUUGUAUGGCGAUGAAUGAUACACGUUCACGCUGCGUCAUUUGUGUGUUUACAUGAGCUAAAAAACUUAACCCAAGUGACUCAUCUUCUAGACGCUGUGUUGCAAAACGCCAAUCAGUGUUUUGAUUUCCCGAGGUCCUUGAAUGCCUCCAUUCAACAAACAAACAUUUUAAUGGUUGUUUUCUUCUCCUCUUGAGGACAGCCCCGACAAAGCUUGACCUUUUACUCUUUACUCGUAUGCAUCGUGAUUCGGGCUGGCUUAAAAACAGACACUCCUGACUCUAAUCGAUUUUUGUCUUUUCAUAAAUUCAUAAAUCCAGAGAUCCAUCUUUAUGUUUCCUUUCCUGUUGGUGGUCCCUUGUCUCACAAGAAACAGCUUUGAGCAAUAAGAUCUGGCCACGUGAGAGGCUGGUGAAACAAAAAAUGUACUGUAAAUUCAAUUUUCCCUUUAAAAAAUCUGUUUCAUAUCAAAUAGAAAUGAAGUGGGAUCUUGUUAACACUGAGUUUUGCUGUAAUCAGAUUUUCAGGAUUACAGCAAACCUCAGUUUAACCCCAGAAUCAAAAUCCACAUCAUGCUGAGAGUAGGGAUGGGCAAUGAUUUUCAAAUAUCGGAAUAUUCUUUCACCUUGUAAAAAUAGAAAAGUUACUUUAAAUAUUUUCUCAUAGUUUUUACUGAAGCCUGGUUGUAAUACGGUAUUCCUGACAGAUGGUGGCUAUAGAGCGUCUUAAAGCUGUUUGCUAACUGCAUUAAGUAACAGAAGAAGAAGAAUGCUAACUGCAUUAAGUAACAGAAGAAGAAGAAGAAUGCUAACUGCAUUAAGUAACAGAAGAAGAAGAAAGCUAACUGCAUUAAGUAGCAAAAGAAGAAGAAAACAUUUACAAACCGUCGCGGCAAAUUUUUCCGUUUCUGAAUCUCAAACUACAACACACGUAUUUUCAGAGACUGAGCAUGGCUGUAAAAUGUAAACAUACACCCCACGCCACGCAGCGGCACAGAAACACCGACAUAAAGAUCAAGACUGACGCUGUCAGUGCUCGCAACUAGCAGCACCUCGUCCUGCUGCUGGCUAACGCAACUGACACACAAAUUACAAAUCAUCAUCGAUUCGAUGAUUAUUACAAAUAAUCAUGGAAUAGAUGCCAAUGAUUAUUGAAUAUUGUUUUGGCUCGCUGAGAUGUCUGACACAUUGUCUGUUUUGAGACUGCCUACUAUGCUAGCAGUAUGCACUGAUUUGGCCAAAAUUCAGUAUGUAGUAUGUGAAUUAGAGCAAAAUCUACAGUAUGCCAAAACUACCUGGAUGUCGUACUGAUGCGGGAAAAUUUCUCAGUAUGCAUUGGACCACUCCCCCUUGGGUACUGUUUCCCACAAUGCACAGCGCUAAAGUUACGCUUCUUCUUUUUAUUCUGUUUUGACGGGGGCACUGUAAAAAUCAUUAAAUUCGAUGUAAACCACUUCUUAAAUUUUUUUAAUGAUAAAUGAAUGCAAAUGAAUGCUAAUGAAUACUAAAGAGGCAGUUUCACUAUCAGCUUGGCCGUUGUUUACUUCCACUUUUUCAAAAAAUGGAAAUCCAGUGACGUCUGGCUCAGCAUGCUGCAGAACAGAAGAAAGGUACUUUAUUGAUCCCCAGGGGGGAAAUUCAAUUUUUUCCCUCAUACUAUUUUUGGACAUGCUACACAUAUGCUUAGGGAGAGAUGUCAGAGUGAGGAUACUGCCGUCAAUCAGCGCACCCAGAGCAGUCAGGGGCUCAGUGCCUUGCUCAGGGGCACCCCAGCAGUGCCCAGGCACCUCUCCAGCCACCAGUCCGUACUGGGACUCGAACCGGCGACCCUUUGGUUCCCAAGCUAAGUCCCUAUGGACUGAGCUACUGCCACCCCCAGGCAUACUUCAUACUACAUACUAAAUUCAAAUGCAGUAUGUAGUAGGAAGUGCCUACUGCCUACUAAAUAAUACCUAAAUUCAUAGGUAGUAUGUAGUAGGCCGUUCCGAAAACAGCCAUUUUUUUUUUCCGGUGUUCAUUAUUUCACAGACAUGUUUUGAACUGGUGAAGAUACUGCUCCACUCUCCUAACCCUCCUCCAAACCCCAACCCAGAACCCUGUUCAGACUUUUAUAGAGUUCAAAUGUUUACGUUAAACUCCCUUUUCCUCCUCGUGCUAACCGCUCCAGAUUCUCAGUGUUUGCUCUUUUUAACAGCGGGCAGACUGAGACAGAGCACAGGAGGAUUUGGCUUUUUCAAUGAAAUAAAAUUUUGUUUCUUUUUCUUAUUUAUUACUCAGCAUUGCUGCCAUCACUAUAGAUCUGUUUGAAUGUUUUAUUGUUAUUCUUCUAAACUCUCUAAAGAGAGAGGGUCUAAAGGCCCACUUUGAAUCCUUCACUGUCUGUUGUUUUAAAGUUAUGUCACCUUUUGUUGCUGCUUGUUGCACAAUGGGAGUAAAUAACACGACUUUAACUACAGUCACUUGUAGUUUCGAGCCAAGAUCAUGUGUCACUUUGUUAAAACUGCAAGAGUCUUAAGUAUGAGCUAAGUGUUAAACUUUCCCUUUAACCAGUCACAAAUAUGCAUACUGUUGUUUAUGCAGAACUGUUACAGAAACCAUCUUGCAUUUGAACUUUGUUUACAAUUUACCGUUUGUUUAUUUGUUGCUAAUUUGAACUGACUUUGUUUUAAUAAAGUGAAGAUCCUUUUUGAUGAAA